AUGCACACUUUCAAGAGCUUGCAAAUGCUCAAAUACACGGUGCUUGAACCGGAGAGUACUCCUUUCCAGAAAGCUCAUGGGGAGACCAUGUACGAGUACAUGUCCAAGAAGCCAGAGUUGUGUCAAUUGUUUGAUAAAGCAGAAACAACAUACUACGAACAAAAGGUGUUCGAAAAGUAUAAAGGUUUUGAAGAGGUGAAAAAACUUAUGGAUGUAGGAGGGGGGGAUGGAAGUGCCAUUGCCAAAAUAGUGUCACUAUAUCCUCAUAUUCAGGCUAUCAACUUCAAUUUGUCCAGUGUGGUUGCUCGUGCUCCUUCAUAUCGAGGUGUAAAGCAUGUAAAUGGGGAUAUGCUUGAAACAAUACCAGAUACACAGGCAAUUAUGCUGAAGAGAAAUUGUUGGAAUGCAUUACCGAACAAUGGGAAGGUUAUAGUCGUUGAGUACUGUGUGCUGCCAGAAGUAAUUGAGAAAUCCCCAGAAACCAAAAACAUGCUACUAGUCAGUGACCUGUUGAUGAUGACCUUCUUUAGCGGGAAGGAGCGAUCAACUAGUCAAUACGAUGCCUUAGCCAAAUCCGUUGGUUUCAUCGAGACAAAGGCUUUUCCGAUUUGCCAUGGAACUUGUGUCAUCGAGUUUCAUAAGGGAAACGUUGGCUCUUAA